CAUCCUCGGCUCAGUGUAGUGUCUCUGGGAUGCUGAGCGGGCAGGCGGGGCCGUGUUUGCUUGCAGAGCCCUGCCGUGGAGUGAUGUAGCAGGACGCACGGACACAGAGGACACAGAGACGCGGAGAGGACGUCUGUUAGAAAAAGAAAAACCCCAAAACAAAGUCGUUCAGUUCUGCAGCUGUGUUCCCUGAAAGCGCGAUGGGUUUCCACACGAAGCGAAUUUAACGUCAAAGACAGCGUCGCAUCCCUCCGUGAAGCUCGGACAUCUUGGUUCACUGACAGCACCGAGUGGACUAACGUCUCCCCCCUGUCCGAGCCGCGGGACACCGUGCUGUAGCGGAGCUGUGAGCUCGGCUCACCAUGGCGUGGCCCUGCAUCAGCAGGGCGUGCUGCAUGGCCCGCUUCUGGAACCAGCUGGACAAGGCUGACAUUGCGGUGCCUUUGGUCUUCUCCAAAUACACGGACGUCUCCGAGAUGCAGCACAUCCAGCUGCAGCCGCAGCUACAUCCUCCCCAGGCCCGAGUUGCUAUAGAAACGCAGCCGUCUCGCGCAGAAAGCCGCGCCGUUCCGACUGCACGCGCGCCGCGAAGGUGCGUCUCCGAGGAGCGCGUGUGCAGCUCUGUGAUGCGCGAGGACUUUAAGCACUGGAAAGUGCGUCCCGAACCGAGCUGUAAGCCCAAGAACGAGUACCACGAACCGGAAACACCGUUCAACAGUGAGACCCAGUACCAGAAGGACUUCAAGCCCUGGCCCAUCCCGAAGAGGUACGAUCACCCCUGGAUACCCAAACCGCCUCCGGGCGGUGAAGAUCGCACACCGGCUCGGCCCAAGCACCCAAAAAAGCAUGUGGUGUUGGCGGAGGCGGACAGUGGCGUUGAAAAAAGCGCUAUAGCCGACAAGGUCCAGGAGAAGGACCUGCUCCAGGGCCAGGAGAGGAAAAAGCGCGUCAGCAAGAAGGAGGGGGAGAAGAAAGUGGUCCUGAAGGGGGAAGGAGAGGGCAGAGGGAGGGACGCCGUGAACAGACAGAUCAAAGAGGAGAUUUCAGGCGGCAGCUCCUACAAAACUGAAUUCAAAGCGUACAGAGACGUGAAGCCAGUAAAGAUGAUACGGGCCAAGUCCCAGUACCUGCCACCGGAUGAAAAGACGAGCUUGGAGACCAGCUACAGUGCGACCUUCAAGGCCCAGUUCCCGCUGCAGCCUGCUGACAACAAGGCCGUGGAGAGGAGGAGGAUACGCAGUUUGUACAGUGAGCCUUACAUAGACCCCGGCAAACAGGUUGACAGGUAUAGUCUCCCUCGCUCUAAAUCCAAAAAGUCUGGAGCCACAGCAGCAGGCCAGAGCAAGCCAGCGAAGAAACCCAAAGAUAAGCAGAGCACUGUGCUGAGGGGCUCCAAGAAGGCGACCUCAGAGAACCAGCCCGAGAACCGGCCUUCGGUGGGGGACAAGGAGAAAAGUAAAGAGAUGAACAACAAACUGGCUGAGGCAAAAGAGGUUGUGCUAAAACAGUACCACUACAUACAACUCUGCCAGCCAAUCCGAGAUAUUGGCUGGGUGCAGACUCUAAAGCAACACCUGUGGGGCUGUGCACUUCCCAAUCCCAGUGGCACACUUUUGUUUUUUUUCUGGUGAUCCACCACAUUAUCUCUGGUCUACUCCCCUCUGUAUUUCUCUUCCAUAUGGACACUAGAGUGAGGGGGGAGGUGGGUUAGAGGGGGACGUUUGCCUGCCUGCUGUCACAUCCUACAUUUAAGGUUCCUUAAGGUGGCUUUUCUUAAGGAGGCCUUGGGUUUUAGUCCAGUCGUGAGCGACUAGUCCUGAUCGAGCUGCCGGAAUGCACCCACUCCCCACGGUUAAAUUGCAUGACUGACUAGUUGAAUUAGUGGCUCAGGUAUGACCCCAGUCAUGUGCGAGGCAGGUCACUCAUGCACUGUAGUCACAUGCAAAACUGUAACAAAUCCAUCUCAUGUGGACUUUUCUUUCUUUAAAGCAUGCUGCCACUGUUUUCUGUUGGACCUGCAAUCUGAGUUUGUGUUCAGUAAUUUGGCCCAGGCUUUGCACUAGACUGUGACGAGCGUUAGCAUGGGUGUGAGAUGGGCGGUAAGUAUGGAUGGAAUGAGGGAAGCGACACUGCUUUGAUCAGUUAUGACAGGAGCUCUAGGUGCAUGCUUAUGAUCUAAUUUGUGAUUUGGAUUUUUUUCCAUCGUCUACUGCAUUUUGUAGCCUUUCUUUCAAAGAACACCCCGAGACCCUCAUUGUACUC